UAUUUUUAUCUCUCUCUCUCUCUCUCUCUCUCUCUCUAGCGUUCAAUCUCUCUGUCUCUUUCUUCUUCCUGUUCUUCUUUUUCAUCUUCUCCCACGUAAGAAGUUAAAAACUUUGUGGAGGGAGGAAGAGUGAGAGAGAGUGAGAGAAUAUCUAUAUAGCUGACAUAUUGCAGGUUCUAUACACAUUUGUUUGACUAGAGAGAGAGAGCGUGUGAAGGAGAAGAGAGAGAAAAGAAAAUGAGGGAGGUUAUUAGCAUGCACAUAGGACAAGCAGGUAUUCAGGUUGGGAAUUCAUGCUGGGAGCUCUACUGCUUUGAACAUGGAAUUCAGCCUGAUGGAAUGAUGCCCAGUGACACCUCAGUAGGCGUUGAACAUGAUUCCUUCAAUACCUUCUUCAGUGAGACUGGUUCUGGAAAGCAUGUGCCAAGAGCUCUAUUUGUUGAUCUGGAACCCACUGUGAUUGAUGAAGUUAGAACUGGGACUUAUAGACAACUUUUUCACCCUGAGCAACUUAUUUCUGGCAAGGAAGAUGCUGCUAAUAACUUUGCUAGAGGACAUUAUACAGUGGGAAGGGAAAUUGUGGAUCUAUGCCUUGACCGAGUGAGGAAGUUGGCUGACAAUUGCACUGGUUUGCAAGGAUUUUUGGUAUUCAAUGCUGUUGGUGGUGGCACUGGUUCUGGUUUGGGCUCACUACUUUUGGAACGCUUGUCAGUAGAUUAUGGAAAGAAGUCAAAACUUGGCUUCACCAUCUAUCCUUCUCCUCAGGUUUCUACUGCUGUCGUGGAACCUUACAAUAGUGUGCUCUCCACUCAUUCACUCCUUGAACACACAGAUGUGGCUGUGCUUCUGGACAAUGAAGCUAUCUACGAUAUCUGCAGGAGAUCAUUAGAUAUUGAAAGGCCAACUUACACCAACUUGAACCGCUUAAUAUCCCAGAUUAUCUCUUCUUUGACCACAUCAUUGAGAUUUGAUGGGGCCAUUAAUGUGGAUAUUACAGAGUUCCAAACUAACCUUGUGCCAUAUCCUCGCAUCCAUUUCAUGCUUUCAUCUUAUGCUCCUGUAAUCUCAGCUGCAAAGGCUUACCAUGAGCAGCUUUCAGUUCCUGAGAUCACAAGUUCUGUGUUUGAGCCCUCAAGUAUGAUGGCCAAAUGUGAUCCAAGGCAUGGGAAGUACAUGGCUUGUUGUCUUAUGUAUCGUGGAGAUGUGGUGCCAAAGGAUGUUAAUGCUGCUGUCUCUACCAUUAAGACAAAGAGGACAGUUCAAUUUGUUGACUGGUGCCCAACUGGUUUCAAGUGCGGUAUCAACUACCAGCCACCAACAGUAGUACCUGGAGGUGAUCUUGCUAGGGUGCAGCGUGCUGUUUGUAUGAUUAGCAACAAUACAGCUGUAGCUGAGGUUUUCUCUCGAAUUGACCACAAAUUUGAUCUCAUGUAUGCCAAGCGAGCAUUUGUGCACUGGUAUGUGGGGGAAGGAAUGGAGGAAGGUGAAUUUUCAGAAGCUCGUGAAGAUCUUGCUGCCCUUGAGAAAGAUUAUGAGGAAGUCGGUGCUGAAGGUGCUGAAGAUGAGGAUGAAGGAGAAGACUAUUGAAAUAGGCUUUCUCUGAGUCAUGAGCAGAUGUAUGCCCUUUAUUUCCUGUCUCUUGUUUUUCAGCCCAUGUAUUGUAAAGAGAAUCAUCCAUGUCAGUGAUUGCUGAAUUGUAUGUCUAUUGUGUUUUAGCUCUGUACUUAAUGGUGUUUUUGAAGCAUGGUUUGAAAUUGUAUCAUUUCAGUCCUGUUUAAUAGGGCUAGUGAAUGCCAAUAAAAUCUCUCCCUCUCGGUUUCUCCAA